AGAGAGAGAGAGAGAGAGAGAGAGAGAGAGAGAGCAGUGAUCGUGCGGCGCGGGUGGCAAUCGCGGAGGAGAUUGCAAGCGGACGUUGUGACAAGUGCGCGGCGACCUAGCGAUAUCGCGGCAUUCCGUGUAUUCGCGCGUCAUCGCGACGAUUCGACACGCGCGAGCGGCAACGGGCAGAAACAACGCGCGGCAGAGGAGGGUGGCGACGUGCGACGACGCUGCGUGCUCGGUCGCGCGGCAAGACAACUGCGGUGUGCUGAGGAACGAGCGAGACAGAGAUAUAGGGAGCGAGGGAGAGAGAGAGAGAGCGACAGUAGCAGUGAGAGACCAAAGUAGCGCGCGCGCUCUCUCUCUCGUGCGAGUGUACUUACCGUUCACCGUCCUCGAAGCACACGGGUAGCGCGGCGUACGGGCUACCGAGGUGUUUUGAAGUGGCGGGCCAGGAUGCUGCCCGACGUAGCGAGAAGAUGGCCGUGAUCGGCGAACGCAAAUAUCACGCGGCGAUCCGUGCGAAUGCGUACACGGAGUUCUCGUGUCACAGAGCCGUGAGCAAUAACGAGACGGGCACGUCCUCGUCGUCGCCGUCGCCGUCUUCGCCUUCAUCCUCGUCCUCAGCGUCCUCGGCGUCGACUCGCCGCCGUCGGCACAGAAAGAAAGGAAGCACCACCACUAUGACAUCCUCGCGCGGAAUCGGCCCAGAGUUCGGCGAGUUUAGCGAUCCCGAAGACGGUUACCUCGACACGGACCCGCUGAGGUACGAACUGCGCAACAUCCAGAGCGUCAUACACGUCACGCGGCUCAACAUCGACGCGCUCAACAAUCGCUUCGCUGACUUCCAGCAUCCGCCGUCGAUAUAUCUCAACGAGUAUCACGAACUGACAAGUAAGUUACACGAUCUCGAGUGCAAGGAGCAGAAGCUCAAUGAGCUGCUGAACGCCAGCAAGAUCCCGACCAGCGUCUCCACGUCGGAGAGCGACAACAGCGUGGCCAGAGAGCCCAGGACACCUGUCAAGUCCUUCAGCACGCUGAGAGCGUACUUGCCCAAUCAGCAACGCACCAGUGUACAAGUAAGAGAGGGACUCGCCCUGAGAGAUGCCUUGGCUAAGGCCAUGAAGCUGCGUAAUUUGACUACUGAGAUGUGUGCGGUUUACAUUCUGGGUAUAGACAACUCCAAGCACCUGACAUCUUGGGACGCAGACAUCUCAUUGUUAGACUGCGACGAGAUCUCAGUGGAGAUCUUGGAUAAGUUUCCUAUAACCACUUCCAUAUCGCACAACUUUGUGCGCAAGACUUUCUUCUCCCUGGCCUUCUGCGAGUACUGCAGGAAACUGCUCUUUCAAGGCUUCUAUUGCAGAACCUGUAAUUACAGAUUUCAUCAGAGAUGUGCGGGUGGCGUGCCUCCCCUGUGUCAUCAGGUACGCCUGCAGGACGCUUACUAUCAAGCCCUGCUCGCUCACAAUCCAGAGACCACCGCUGGGAUCUUGCAGCUGCCAUCUGGCUACGGCCUGAGCAGAAGUAUGUCCCCUUCCCUGGCACCGUCGAGGAAUCAGAGGCAUCCGCGUUCCUUGGGCCAACACGAUCGUUCCAGCUCCGCGCCCAAUGUCUGCUUCAACAUGGUGAAGCCGUGCGGUGAGCUGGUGAAUCUAGACGAAUACAGUAGAUCUCAGAGUUUAGGCAGACCUGUCGCGGGCAUUACACAGAGCCCUGUGUCGCCUGGCAGCAGUCCAACCAAGCACAGCCAGUCCACGCAGGCCAGUCCUACCAACACUUUGAGGCCGAAGCGACCGAGAGCGAGGUCGGCCGAUGAAUCGUCCAAGAACCUCUUGGCGCCGAGGGAGUCGAUCGAGGAUUGGGAGAUCCCGGCGGAAGAGAUUUUGAUAGGCUCGCGCAUCGGAUCCGGAUCAUUCGGGACCGUGUACAAGGCCCACUGGCACGGCCCCGUCGCGGUGAAGACGCUCAACGUCAAAAUUCCCACAACCGCUCAGUUGCAGGCAUUUAAGAACGAGGUGGCCGUCUUACGCAAGACUCGGCAUGUGAAUAUCCUGCUGUUCAUGGGUUGCGUCAGCAAGCCGCAGCUCUCGAUCGUUACGCAAUGGUGCGAGGGCUCGUCUCUGUACAAACACUUGCACGUGUUCGAGUCCAAGUUCGAGCUGAUAACGGUGCUGGAAAUCCCUAGGCAGACGGCGCAAGGCAUGGACUACCUGCACGCGAAGAAUAUCAUUCACCGGGAUCUCAAGAGCAACAAUAUAUUCCUGCACGACGAUUCCACGGUUAAGAUCGGCGAUUUUGGUCUGGCCACAGCCAAGACCAGGUGGUCCGGCUCGCAACAGUUCCAUCAGCCGACCGGCUCUAUCCUCUGGAUGGCGCCCGAAGUCAUAAGAAUGCAGGAGGAAAAUCCGUACAGCUUCCAGUCCGACGUCUACGCCUUCGGCGUGGUGCUGUUCGAGUUGCUGACGGGUCAGCUACCAUACUCGAACAUAAACAACAAAGAUCAGAUAUUGUUUAUGGUAGGCCGCGGCUAUCUGCGUCCCGACUUGAACAAAGUGCGUUCCGACACGCCGGAAGCGCUCAAGAGGCUCACGGAGCACUGCAUCAACUUCUCGCGAGACGAACGGCCAAUAUUCCGUCAGAUCGUUACUAUAUUGGAGGCCAUUUUGCUCGGUCUGCCGAAGAUCAAGAGAUCGGAAUCCGAACCGAAUCUGAAUCGCACGCAGCUGCAAUCCGACGACUUUCUUUACACUUGCGUCUCGCCGAAAACCCCGGGGAACUUUCAGCCGGGUAACUUUGGGGCAUUUUCCUUUUACCCUUCCGGUGGGAACAUAUAAAUGUAUUGGCCGACAAGUCUGAUAUGCACAUUGCAUAAAGGAAGUAUUUAAGAUAUUGAAAAUAAGCUUAACUAUGAACAAUCAAUUCUUUCAAUUUCACUCUGAUCGUGUUGCAGAUGUUUGCUCGGUGUGGAAUGCGUAAACAUUCUUACAUGUAAGACAAAGGAAGAGAAAUUUCCUAUUGAGAAAAGGGGAAGGGGGAGGAGAAGAAAACGAAAGCAUGUGUAGCUUUUAUCUCUUUAGACAUUUAUCGGACGUUCGCAAGGAAAUCUUCACUUGUGGUUAGUUACAAUCAUUCAUAUAUAAAUACACACACAUACACACACAUAUUCGGCUAUAUAUACACAAGUGUACAUAUAUACAUAUAUUAUACGUGACGCAUGCACGUCAAUGUAGCGGUCUGUUGAUUUUGUGGGAUCCUUAUGAAGGAUGUAAAACUAAAGUAAGCUAUAAGAAGUAAACGGCAUUUAAGUCGGGCGGGCCAUCGUUUAUCUGUGAGGUAUUUUUCCAAAGGCCAAAGUGAUUUUUGUACUACCUACUUCCUUGGUUUUUGUCUUGAGUAUGCUUGUACGAGUAAAGCUCUUCUCACAGUGAUCAUUACAUACGUAUCGGUGCGGGUUGCUUCUUGGCGAGUGCGAACGACAGCUACGUCACGAGAAUACAUACUAUAAUAACGCAUAGACCUCCAUUGAAGAGAGAAACACAGGGGAAGAGUUGUACAUUGACGAAGUAAUACAUGCAUAUAUUCAUUGACGGGAUGUUCUUAAAUGAGCCAGCUAAAUUAGGGAUAUUGAUUUCAAUGUGGUUCCUCCCGCUGUGAAAUGCUUAUUUCGCUCCUUGGCGAAUUAUUCCGAGGAUACUCUUAAUUAUUCUUCCCAUACGAUAAAAACAUUAAUAUUCCUUUAUGUUCUUAAAGACGCCUGUGUUUGUUUCAUCAUUUAUUUCUUCGGAGGUUGAAGAGAAUUCGAAGAGAUGAAUCAGACAGACGGAUUCUAAAUCCGAAUUGUAACUAACGGGAGUUGAAUAAUAUGUCGCGAGUUGAAUAUCCCUAAUAUUUAAUGAAGCUAGCGAGAGAGGAAGUGAGAAAGGGAGUGGGAGGGGAGUACGCAAAGGGAAAAUUUUUUGAGAGAUUUUUUACCUACUUGUUCUUUCAUUUCGUAAGAUGCUAUAGUACAUAUCUCAAUUCCCAAGCAGUAUAUUAUAGUUGAUCUGGAAAUGCUAGUAAAACAACUAGUGUGUUUUCGGUCAACGUUCUUUUCUGUAAAAUAUUUCCCAACAUCAGUAUGAAUGAUAUCGAGGCCUAAGAUAGGUAUAAUCGCACGUUACUGGUAACGAGCGUAAUAGGAUAUAUGUAUUAAAGAAAAAAAAAAAAGAGAAUUAACAAGGCGAUUAAUCACGUAUGCGCUUCGAGAAGUUCUUUUACGAAACUUUUACCGUAGACUUCGCUUCUCUAACUUUGUAACUAACUCGAGUAUCUCGCGCACACUGGUAAGAGUUUAAGUUUUACAGUUAAUUAUAUUUGACAACGAGAGAGAGAGAGAGAGAGAGAGAGAGAGAGAGAGAGAGAGAGAGAGAGAGAGAGAGAGA